AGGCAAUAAGUUGGGAUCGCAGUAUACACAACAGUCUGCUCUGUGCGAGGCGCAGGGAAUGGCGACGUCGUCUUCAAGCGACGGCUUGAGACACCGCGAGAGGGCUAGUGGGGAAGCUAAAGAGCUCCAGAAUCCCCCAGAACAGGGGGACGGCGGCGAUGAGCCAGCCUUGAACCAUACCAACGACAAAAGUCGUCGAGGGGGGCCCGACAGACCUUGCCACUCUCAUACCGAGUCUCUGUUUCUCCUCGAGGAGCGGCUUCCAAAAUUACAGGGGUCUCCUCAACGAUUGCAUCCUGCUACUGGUGCUGUCAAAUUCACACAAUGUGGCCUCAAACCUCUUCAAGUAUGGGAUACUGGUAAACCCCAGGCAGUGGUUGAUCUACACCUUCAAUGAAGAUACCAUGCCAGCAUGGAUAUUGCUUGUGGUGAGCUACCUAUUUGCAGUCCUCAUGCUAGUUGGAGAAAAGUUGGCCUCCAAGGGUCAGCUGUCAAACAGACAGGUGAUAUUGUGGCAUGUGGCUCUGUUGGUUGGCCUGCUGGCCCUGCCAGUGGCUGUCAUCUUCAUCCUCCAGCUGGGCCCCUUCGGCUCCUUUGUGGUGUUGGUGUGGUACACGAUUGUGUGGAUGAAACUGGUGUCCUAUUGCCAGGUCAACUGGUGGUGUCGCAACUUCAAGCCUCCAGCAACAGGAAAGAUGCUGCAGAGAAAGGCCACAAACUAGUGGAGUAUCCUGACAAUCUCUACUUAUCAGACCUGCUGUAUUUCUGCUGGGCUCCCACACUCUGCUACGAGCUCAACUUUCCCCGCAACCCACGCAUCAGGAAGGUUUUCCUCCUCAGAAGAAUCCUAGAGGCAGUGUUUCUGCUGCACGUGGUGCUGGCCAUAUUCCAGCAGUGGCUCAUGCCCACAGCUCUCAACUCUCUGGAGCCAUUCAGAGACAUGGACUACACCAGAAUGUUGGAGAGACUUCUCCUCCUGGCUCUACCCAACCACGUGUUCUGGCUCCUAUUCUUCUACUUCUUCUUCCACUCCUGCAUGAACCUUGUGGGGGAGCUCCUGAGGUUUGCAGACAGAGAGUUCUAUGGAGACUGGUGGAACUCUGACUCUAUUCAGCAGUUCUGGAAGAUGUGGAACAUCCCAGUCCACCGCUGGGCCAUUCGGCAUAUCUACCACCCCCUGAAACUCCGUGGCUGGCACAGGGGAAUGGCCACCAUGAUGGUCUUCUUUCUCUCCGCCUUUUUCCACGAGUACCUGGUCAGUAUUCCUCUACUCAUGCUGCGUCCCUGGGCCUUCACCGCCAUGCUCUUCCAGAUCCCGCUAGGUAUCAUAACGGCCAUCCCGUUCUUCAAGGGCCAGUUGGGGAAUGUCAUAGUAUGGAGCAGUAUCGUCCUGGGCCAGCCGGUGGCCAUACUCAUGUACAUGCAUGACUACUACUGGACAAACUGGAACAACCUGACCUACAAUGGAACUACUACUACAGCCUAGACAACCACUGUCAGUUAGGAUUGUGAUCACGAAACUCCUGUCCUUGCACGAUUUUGAGUGAUUUUUGAUGGAAAAUUUUUAGUGUUCUGAUCUUUUGCACAAUCACUGUGUUAGUAUACUGCCAUCUGAGUGAUGUUAAUGUAAUAUGAAGUGCGGGGUUGAUGAUAGAAGUGUUCAUGUUGCUACCUUCCUCUGUGCCACCCACUCCUGGAAUACACUCCUGUAAAGAGAAAUUCAACUGUUUUACAACACGUACCUAUAUAGACUUACAGCGGCUAAUGCAGGGUUUGAGGAAAAAAGAGACAAAUCAUAAAAUAAAAAACUUUGAGAGAGAGAGUGGGUCCUCACUUGCAAUGCUGGAUGACACAAUCAUUGGAGCAGUAGCGAGGUCCUCUGUAAUCUGUGUAGACUGCGUCCUUGAAACAUCCGUCGUUGACACAGUGUCUCAAUUCCUUCAUCACAACUUUAGUAGCAGGAGGGGCCAGGGGAGGAGGAGGAG